AUGCUUGUUCCUGCUGCUGCUGCUGCUGCUGCUGCUGAUGAUGAUGAUGAUGAUGAUGAUGAUGAUGCUGUGGUUGUUGCUGUUGCUGCUGCUGCUGCUGCUGAUGAUGAUGAUGAUGUGGCUGAGGUGCUGAGGACGGCGUUGACAGCCGUAAGGACGGCCCGGAGGGUGUUGCAGCAUCUGGGUCACCUGCUGCUGCAGCUGCAGCUGGUGCAGCAGCAGCAGCAGCAGCAGCAGCAGCAGGAGGUAAAGGAGAUGCAGCAUCUGGGUCACCUGCUGCUGCAGCUGCAGCUGGUGCAGCAGCAGCAGCAGCAGCAGCAGCAGGAGGUAAAGGAGGUCAUCGUGAUAGAUAUUAUUAUUUAUCGCAUGCAGUCAGAGAAGAAGUAA